GCAGGCGCGGGUCACUUGACGGCGGGGCGGGGCGGGGCUUCGGCGUGUUGCGCAGGCGCAGAUCGUGGGCGGCGGGUCACCUGACCCCCAGGGCCUCCUUCGAGUGUUGCAGCCGUUGAUUUAGGCCGUUCUUUCGGCCGAGAGUUCCCGCAGCGAUGGCGAGUCAGUCGCAGGGCAUCCAGCAGCUGCUUCAGGCCGAGAAGCGGGCGGCCGAGAAGGUGUCCGAGGCCCGCAAGCGAAAGAAUCGGAGGCUGAAGCAGGCCAAAGAAGAAGCCCAGGCUGAGAUUGAACAGUACCGCCUGCAGAGGGAGAAGGAGUUCAAGGCCAAGGAAGCUGCGGCACUGGGGUCCCAUGGCAGUUGUAGCAGUGAGGUGGAGAAGGAGACCCAGGAGAAGAUGACCGUCCUCCAGAACUACUUCCAGCAGAACAGGGAUGAAGUCCUGGAUAACCUCUUGGCCUUUGUGUGUGACAUCCGGCCAGAAAUCCAUGAAAACUACCGCAUAAACGGAUAGGAGGUGGAAGCACUGCCUUGUGGGUUGGCAUGGGAGAUGCCCGAAAAGAGUAGGAAAACCUCCCAGAGCUCGAGUUCUGUUCAGGAAGGCAUUAAAAUUCACUAUGCUGUUGUAGAUCUUUUCACUUGUUGAGAGUAUCAAAUCUAGCUUUUUGUAUAUCUUAGUAAGUACCUGAAGUUCCAUCUUUUUACCUUGUGUGUCUUUAAGGAGUAUAUGUUUUCUGUGUGUUUGUACAAGCAGCAGGUAUCACUGUUGAUUUUUCUUAUUAGUCUAGUAGGAAAAAAAAUUCUUUGAAGAAAGAAAGGGAAUAAAUUGUUCCCUUCCACUUUCUUAAAGGGUCAGGGGCGUUAUCUAUGAAAAAGUAGUAAAUAGCAUUUGUAACUCCUAUGAAGCAGCAGCCAGCCUUACAGUAGUCCAUUCUGGCUAAUUUAGGACAGUGGAUGUGCUUGUUCAGGCUGCUGUUUGUGUACCUUAACCCAAAUUACUAGAUACUAGGACUCGAGAAUAUGUUACAUGUUAUUUGGUGUGCUUGUAAUCAUUUAAAAGUAAAACUUUGUCUUGCCUUUCA